GGCGGCGGCGACGUGAGCGCGCAGGGGGGCGGCGGCCUCGCCUCGCCUCGCCUCGCCUCGCCUCGCCUCGCCUCUCCCUGCGCUUGGGCCGGCUGGUGACGACGUCGAGUGCCGGGCGAGAUGUCGGAUUUCGACAGCAACCCGUUCGCCGACCCCGAUCUCAACAACCCCUUCAAGGAUCCAUCAGUUACACAGGUGACACGGAAUGUUCCACCAGGACUUGAUGAAUAUAAUCCAUUCUCGGAUUCUAGAACACCUCCACCUGGCAAUGUGAAAAUGCCUAAUGUACCUAGUACUCAGCCAGCAAUAAUGAAACCAACGGAGGAACAUCCAGCUUAUACACAGAUUGCAAAGGAACAUGCCUUGGCCCAGGCUGAACUUCUGAAGCGCCAGGAAGAGCUAGAAAGAAAAGCAGCAGAAUUAGAUCGUCGAGAACGAGAAAUGCAAAACCUCAGUCAACAUGGCAGGAAAAAUAAUUGGCCACCUCUUCCUGACAAUUUUCCUGUGGGACCUUGUUUUUAUCAGGAUUUUUCUGUAGACAUUCCUGUAGAAUUCCAAAAGACAGUGAAGAUUAUGUAUUACUUAUGGAUGUUUGACGCUGUGACACUGUUUCUAAAUAUCUUUGGAUGCUUGGCUUGGUUUUGUGUUGAUCCUGCGAGAGGGGUUGAUUUUGGAUUGAGUAUCCUGUGGUUCUUGCUUUUUACUCCUUGUUCAUUUGUCUGUUGGUACAGACCACUCUAUGGAGCUUUCAGGAGUGACAGUUCAUUCAGAUUCUUUGUAUUCUUCUUCGUCUAUAUUUGUCAGUUUGCUGUCCAUGUACUCCAGGCUGCAGGAUUUCAUAAUUGGGGCAACUGUGGUUGGAUUUCAUCCCUUACUGGUCUCAACCAAAAUAUUCCUGUUGGAAUCAUGAUGAUAAUUAUUGCAGCACUUUUCACAGCAUCUGCAGUCAUCUCACUAGUUAUGUUUAAAAAGGUACAUGGACUAUAUCGCACAACAGGUGCUAGUUUUGAAAAGGCCCAACAAGAGUUUGCAACAGGGGUGAUGUCCAACAAAACUGUCCAGACCGCAGCUGCGAACGCAGCUUCAACUGCAGCAACCAGCGCAGCCCAGAAUGCUUUCAAGGGUAACCAGAUUUAGAGAAUCGGCAGACAACAAACACACUCUUAUCUUUUGACUGUACCUUUUUCUCCAGUUACUGUAUUCUAUAAAUAUUUUUAUGUUCAAAAUACACAGUACAUACAGCAUGUAUAUUUCCUAUUCACAUGUGCAUGGGCUAAGACCAGAAAAUCUUUCUCAUCUUAUCGUUUACCUAACAGUUUCCUUACUUUUCAGUGUCCCUUGCUGGAAACAAAAUUACAUGCUGAAUAUUCUCCAUAUUUUUGGGGGGAUGAAUGUUCAUCAAGUUAUUUCAGUGGUGGCCCACUGAAUGAUACUCACUACAGAUGCUUUUUAGUACUAGCUGCAGCCAUUCUAGAAUAUUAGGUUUAUACAUUGGAUUAUAUCAGGAUUAUACAUCUGAGAAGUAAAAGUGAAGAUUCAUUUCUUUUUUUCCCUUAUUUAUAUGGAAAGAAAUAGGCUGCCAGAGACUUGCAGAUUUUUAUAUGCUCACUUUUUAGCAGUUCAGUCACCAUUGAAGAGCCUGUGUGCGUUUCAUAUUAGAUAAUGUAAAUUUAUCUUUUCCUUUUUUUUUUUUUUGGGUAGUUGAUAUUUUGAUAUCAAUCUCUGAUCUUGCAUGGGUACCAUGUUUCUUAAACUAAAAUUAGCAUUUUGGGUUCUGCACUGCUUGGAUUUGAAGUUGUUUAUAGGGUCAUAGAAAUGAUUUCCUGUAAUGGUUUCAUCUAGCUAAAAUUUUAUUGGGAUGCAAUAUGAGAAUAUAAUAUAAUAUGCAGUGCAUUAUCCAAAAGAAAAGGUAGUUGAUGGGAUAGAAUGUAAUAAUACCUUUUUAAAGUUUUUUCAGUAUUCAUGUCAUAGGAGAAUACUAAUGUAUGAGAACUUUGGUAUAUUCUUGUGGCUACUUUUUCAUUGGACUGAGGUUGUGUUUGGCAGCUUUUUGGGUGUGUGUAAUUUUUAACCGGUAUUAAAGUCUAGCCUAAUUAUUUGUCAAGAAAAAAUAUACAGUAUUUAAAGGUUUUUUUUCUUUGUUUUCUCAAAUGGCAUUAAAAAUAAAGAUCCUGGCAUUUUA